CACAGAUCGCCCCUCAUCCUUCUCAGCCACCUCCAGUUCAAUGGAGUCGAAUAAUUAACUAAGACACAAACUCUAAUCAUUCCAGUCACCAUGGCAGACCAAACCUCGCAGUCACUCAAUCCGGCAGAAACACCAUCAUCGCCUGCCGUAGCCUCACCGCCGCAACAGACAGAUAUUAUCGCUGCCAAUGACGAGCACGACAACGAGGUUGAAGACGAUGCCGAUUCCACUCUUGGUACAGACGCAGAAAGCUCGACUGCUUCUGUCUCGGCCAGUAUCCUCGAAUAUCGUCGCAGUCAAGGGCGCACUUAUCACAGCGAUAAAUUUACCACCAACUACUUUUUGCCCAAUGACGAUCAACAGCUAGAGUCUGUGGACUUGACUCACCACUAUUUGACAAUCUUGCUGGAUGAUAAGCUGUUUCUCCCUCCCUUGGAAGCAGACGAUAUUAAAAAAGUGCUUGACGUCGGCACUGGAACUGGAAUCUGGGCGAUCGAAUUUGCUGACCGUCAUCCGAAUGCCGAGAUUAUCGGUACCGACCUCUCACCAUGUCAACCAGAAUGGGUUCCACCAAACGUUCGCUUCGAAAUAGACGAUGCAGCCCUUAACUGGACAUGGGAACCUAACGAGUUCGACUUCAUUCAUAUCCGUUACAUCUUUGGUGCUAUCAAAGACUGGUCUGCCCUGUUCUCUGAGGCUUACCGUUGCUGUGUCCCUGGAGGCUGGGUUCAGUCUGCCGAAGCUGAUGUCGAGUUUCGUAGUGAUGACGGCACUAUUGACAAAGAGCCAAACCUGAAGCUAUAUAAAAAGUUGUUUGAAGAAGGUGGAAAGAUCCUCGGAUAUCCCUUCUUCGUAUAUGAUCAGCAGGUUCAAGGGUUCAAGGACGCUGGUUUUGAAGACGUCACGACUGUUGACUACAAGCUUCCUGUGGGAGAUUGGCCGAAAGACCCGAAGCUCGCCGAAGUUGGGAGAUUUGUUCGCGCUUGUUUGGAAACUGAUCUCGAAGGAUAUACUACUAUGAUGUGGAAUGAGUUACUUAAGUGGCCCAAGGAUGAAUACCAGCUGUUCCUGAUGAGCAUCCGCAAAGCUAUCAGAAACCCAAAGAUUCAUACAUACAUGAGGGUUCGAUAUGUAUAUGGACGCAAGCCAUCAUCACAGUGAGAUGAAACUUAUAUCACGAUUUCAAUUUAAAGAUACGUUACAGCACUGAAGAGCCGCUCCUUGAGAUUGACUGCAUAUAUGCACGAGUCUUCUCAAUCCCAAUCGCAAAGUCAUGUCCAGCCACUCCAGGUUAUCCUCAGGGGGCCAUUCAAUUAAAUGGUUAUUUAACAAAAUACAAAAGUGCUAAAAGAACAGACCCUUCUUCUUCCUCCAAUCCCAUGUAGUUGCCUGUCGCAGGUCAUCAACACUGAGUACAUCUACACCCUCCCGUGUUAGAAUAUGCCAAAUAUGAUUCCUCAGCCCAACAGGCCAUGCUGGCACACUGAAAUACCUGGCUUUUAGGCCUAAUCGAUGAGCACCAUGGAUCUGGGCCCGGAUGCGCUGUAAUUGCUCUUGCGACAAUCGCGAACCCCAAACAUGCCCAACUGCUUUUUUGAAAUGAGCAGAAGCAUAGUAGCUAUUAUGAGAGUUGUAUUUGUCUGAGACUUUACUUUCUUCCACGUUGUAUGUCCUGACUUGCCGUCGUUCAAUGCUGCUCGGCAAUACACCUUGCUCAAUGCAGUUGUCCGGCAUUUGAGAGCUUUCAGCUUGAGCUCUGUUUGGAUUUGGCCAAAUUUGAGACGUAUCAGCCAAUAGAUCCAAUGGUGCAUCAUAAAAGACAUCACGGUAGGUGUUAUUUGCCGUUAUUUUAUCGAAUGGGGUGUUUCCCGUGCCGACAAUCACCACGGGGCCAGGUACAAUGGCUGUACCGUUGAAAUGCGUGAGCAGGUUUCUGCGUCGGAGUGGCUCGAGUUGUCUCUGAAGUUUCUCCCAGGUUGCGUUCCCUUCUGUUUUGAAAUCGAUGAGGACGACCAGCGGUCGGUCCGGAUCAGACUCGAAAACCCCAGCCAGAGGCUCAUUAACAGCCGAGGGGGAGUGACAAGGCAUCUCUCGUCCACAUGAGAAGGUGUCUCUUUGGCGGUCGAAAAUGCCGAGAAGUGGAUUGAUAUACAAACUUUCCAGCGUAUGGUUGGCCUCCAACUGGAAAUGACGAUGGGCCACAUACAGGUCAUCAUCUUCAUUCCAUACGUCGGCUUCGACACUCGGACAGCCCGCAGAAAUGGCUUCUAAAAGUGGCACAUUCCUCAAAUAAUCGUUAUGUGAAUGGCAACGCACAGGUUGCGCAGUCAUUGUUGAGUCGGACAACCAGUGUCCGACGCCAAUUGUUGCCGCCGCGGAGUCGAUCCAUGGGUGAACGAUCAGGUCCAUUUCGUCCGGAAAGUAAUGAUGUAAGGUAUUUCCU